UUAUUUUAGAAUCCAUCACCACAUCUCUCUCUCUCUCUCUCUCUCUCAGAGAUAUGAAAGGCCACAGCACAUCACAAUUCCACUCAGGCCAGCCAAAGACAUUCCUUCUGUGAGGAAAGCUCUGGUUCUUCUUCUUCUUCUUCUAAGGGUAGGAGAUUAGAAUUGCUCUUCUUUGGAUCACAGGAGGCCAUCAGGCAAGUCCCACAAGGAAAUCUUGCAUGGAUACUGCCCAGUGGCCUCAGGAGAUAGGGUUGGUGAAGCCCAUGGAGGAGCUGGUGUCGUCCACCACCGGCAGCACUACCACCAGGCCUCAUCCGAUGGAGAGGAGAGCCAGGCCCCAGAAGGAGCAAGCCCUCAACUGCCCCAGGUGCAACUCCACCAACACCAAGUUUUGCUACUACAACAACUACAGCCUAACCCAGCCCAGGUACUUCUGCAAGACCUGCAGGAGGUACUGGACUGAGGGUGGGUCCCUCAGGAAUGUCCCUGUGGGCGGUGGCUCCAGAAAGAACAAGAGGUCCACCAACUCCUCCUCCUCCACCGCCACCCCUGCCUCCCCCGCCGCCGCCAUCUCGUCCACUGUCACAGCGGCAACAUCCAUGGUCUCCACCUCCAGGAAGCUGCCACCUGAGCUGAGCCCCACCCCCACCCCCAUCUCUCUACCCACCUCCUCUCAGAACCCAAAGUUCCACGAGGGCCAGGACCUCAACCUGGCCUUCCCUCAUCACAGCCUGCAGGAGUUCAACGACUUCCCCAACUUGGAAAGCAGCAGCAACAACAACAACAGCAGAAGUAAUAGUGGGAGCAUUCCAUGCACUGCUGUUGGAGCUCUUUCUGCCAUGGACCUGCUGAGGAGUGGGAUGGGUGCAAGGGGGCUGGGGCCCUUCGUGCCGAUGCCCAUGCCCGAGUACCCGGCUGGUUUCGGAGUUGGACUGCAGGAAUUCAGGCCCCCCACCCUCGGAUUCCCCUUGGACGGGAUUGGAGGAGAGGGAGGAGGGCAUAGUGGUGGCGGCGGUGGUGGUGGUGGUGGUGGGUAUGGGGGUUUGCAUGGGGUGCAGGAGAAUGCUGGUGGGAGGCUGCUGUUUCCUUUCGAGGACUUGAAGUCUGUCCCUUCGAGCACUGCCGCUGAAUUUGAGCAAAAUAGAGCCCAAGUUGGGGAUCCUCCUGGGUUUUGGAAUGGUAUGAUGGGUGGUGGAGGCUCUUGGUAGAAUUAAAGAGGGACAGACAAGCAAGCAAGCAGGAGGCUUCCAAGACUCUUAAGAACAAUGGAGAAGAGUUGGUGUUUAUUUAACCAUUUUGUUUUUCCGAUGAUGGUGGUGGUGCUGGUGGAUAACUUUGUUUGGAGUUUGUUAUGGACUAACAGCAGACACAGGAUACAUGGAGUUCCUUCUGUUUACCUUCAUUUCUUUUCAUCUCUUUUUUUUUUCUUUCCCCUUCUCCUUGCUUCUCUUUUAGUUUCUCCUAUUCGAUCUCUGGUCUCUUUGGACAUGUGAAGCUUCUUUUUAGGUUGGCUUCAAUAGGGUGUCUUAGCAAAGUGGACUUUUGCCUGUAUGGUGAAAGAGAAGAAAAGAGGCCUACGGUGCCCAAUAUUUUUUUCUUUUCUUUUCUUUUCUUUUUCUUGCAGGGAUAACAUGGGAGGCGGUAUAACCCUAUUACUUGGUAGGGAUCGUUGCACCAUUGCCUCGAUGGAAACGGGUAAAAGAGAGAAGGAUGGGCACCCCUGUGUUAUAUGUUUUGAUGGAUUUGGAAAUAAUGUGGUAUUGUAGCUAGAACUCUGGAGUUUGAAAGAUUGUAUGGACUAUUUUAGAAAAAAAAAGGGGGGUGGGUUGAAAGAACGGUCUAUUUGUUUAUUAAAUUAUGAAACAAGGGGAUUGAAUGUAAUAUUUAUGUAAUAUUAUCAUGGUUCUCUCUUUCAUUUUUGGCUUUUUAUCUGUCAUUUUUCUCUCCACUUCUGCAGCAGGUCUUUGAUGGAACGUCGCAUCAUCCCAAACAAGAUUCUUCCAGCCAUGAGAGCACCAAGGGGAAGGAGAGGGAAUAAGUAGGUAUGACCACACUCACGCUCACUCAAGACUUUUCUUUCACUCCACAUGGUAUUAUAUCUUAUGUUAGACCAUUUGGAGAGGUGGUAAUGCGGGCACUUGUACUAUGUAACUAUUAUUUUAAUAAAAGGUACAGCCCCCCUCUUCACCCCUCCUUACCUUUUUUUUUUUUCUUUUCUUUUCUUCCUCUCCAUGGUCUCAGAAGAGAAAGCAAAACCGAAGUGGAUGAAUGGCCACUGAAGGAUGGAAAUUGGAGACCAAUUCCCCACCUGCCUCAACCUAAAGCUUCUCACCUAAUGAUUCCUGCACCUACUCACACCAUCUCCAUGCAUGAUUACCCCUUCCCUUGCCCUUCCUCCAUGCCUUGCAUUUAAAUAGCUGGCAAGCCAACUCUCUUCUCCAAGCAUCGAGCUUUGGAGCAGGUGGAGGACCCACAAACAUUCCCCUGGGGAUGAGGGCUGAGGGCUGAGGAAUGAUUCCCCCCACUUUCUUGAUGCUGAACUCAUUAAAUAACUCCAUCAUCUAUUUUAAUACUUCGUUAUGCCGGUGUUCUACGUUUGGUUGUCUGUGGUAUACCAUGGAAUAUAGCAUUAUGACCCUGAUAUCAUCCUAAGACUCUGGGAGGGUGCAACCCUCUCUCCCCAGUUUAUGAUCUUGACAGCAACGUCCUCCUCACAGUACUUCUAGUGCCAAAAUCUCGUCUUUGUAUAUUUAUUUGCUCUCUUUUUCGCAUGCUAUUAUUAGUUUAUUCUCA